AUGCAUCAUCCCACGCGAGUUUCUUCGCCUCUCCGAUCUCCUUCGUUUGAGGUUGGGAAUAGGAUUGAAUAGGAAAUUCAGGAGGAAGUGAAUAUGGUAAGGUUCAUUACAGUCCUUACAGGACCUUGACUUAUAAGAUUUUUUAGCCAGGAUAAGCUCCAAAUGGAGCUUUCCAAAACUACCUGAAGAAAGAUAGAAGUCAAAACUUCAAGAUUCGCCAACUUCCAGGUGGCGAUAGCGGUGUCGCCACCGCUGUCGCCGGUGCGAUCGCCUUCCGACGUCCUGACGCGAGUCGCCUCCAGCCGACUGCAAUCGCCGAUGACGUCGCCUCUGCGAGCACCCAUCGCUGUGCAGGAAUCGGCGAGCCUGACCGAGGCUGCAUCUUCCACUGGUCCUGAUGGCGACAACGGUACUUUAUUUUUAGUUAGUCAGAAUGAUCUUUUUAAAGUCGCGAUUUUUGAACGUCAUUUCACGUCAAAACUUUUUUUUGAAUUCUUGUUUGUUUUCAAACCGAAGCAACUUUUUAAAUCUUCGAGAAGGAAAUCUUGAAAAAAAAAUUUGAAAAUGGAGCAGAAAGAGUGGAAAACGGGCAUUAACUCCAAUCUCAAAAUUUUUCAAGCCGAGUGACAAAAAUAAUUGAAAUUUUGACAUUUCUGAAGAUUUUUGAGGUCUCAUGCUACCCUCUCCCACAUGAAAAAUGUAUUGUUAAGUAAAUAUUAGGAAAUGCGACAAAAAGCCUUAGAGUAUGACGUUAUUAUCUCGAAAUUUAAGUCUUACUGACCAAAUGUCUCAAAAAUCGAUAUUUCUGAUCCAGAAAUGAAUAAUUGACAUGAGAACAAUUAUAAUCAGAACCUGAUGAACUAAUAGAUCCACCCCAAAAUGUAUCCAUCUUGACCGAUCGAAAGUAAAGAGAGGGAUUUGAACAAACAGCGGCAAGAAGUGACACGCCGUUAGUCAUUCCCCAAGACAGUUCACCACAUCCUUCCCGUCUGUUCGAAUUCCAACCUGAACUUCAAAUUACCAUGAAAAGCGUCGUUUUCUGAUGCUGGAAGCGUUGCGGAGUCGAUGGCCCGCCGUCCGCAGCGCUGCCAACUUGUUCUUUUUGAUCUCUUUCAGUGAGAUUUUAUGCUUUUUUUCUAAGAAAAUCAAGUAAAUAGCAAUCUUCAGAUUCUCAUCAUGAAGUUGAAAGGCCUGACGCGGAGCCGGAAGCCGUUCAGUCAGCCGAAGAAGAAGUGAGAGAAAGCGGAGACGUUGAUCAACCACCGCCACCACGCCAAAUAGUCUUUCCCAUAGCUCCAUUUUAUCAAAGAAAAGGGUAAAUUUUUUUGACGUGUACAGAACAAACAAGGAGUUGAUUAACAUAACAAAAGUAGUGAAAAAAAAGAAGAAAAAAAAUUAUUUGUUUAAAAAAAAUUCGCGUCUUAUUCGCCCUAAUGCACUUUUUCAAAAUCACUUCAGGACACUUUAAAAUGUCACAUUUUUAUGUCUUUAUUUCAUCCUAAUACUGCUUUCAAUACGCUUUUUCAGUUAUAAUAGUUCUUACUAGUACUCCUGCUCACUUUUUGAAGUUUUUUCAAGCAAUUUUUUAACGAAACUAUGAAGAAAUAUCCUCAAGGUGAUAAAUGUUACAUUAUUUUUUUAUAUUUACUGUUCUAAAAUCGUUCUAACCUCCAGCCACGCAAUGCAAAAAGAUCCCACCAACCUUUCAGUGUGCGCAAGUCGCCAACACUUGAGAUUUACCGUAUUCCCUGUUUUGCCUCAUUUUCUCUUGCUUUUCCCUUUAUCCACGACAGUCUUCGUUCAGAUCUUGCUCGAAAUGCUCUCUAUGGCUCGGAAUCCUGUGCGCCUUGUUCUUCCUCUUGAGCAUCGCCCUAUUUCUCGCCUGGGUCAUAACCACCGGCGGAUUCCAGACGAUUGGAAAGAGUUCCAACGUUUGCAGCACCAAGCAGUGUAUUGAUAUCGGUUUCUGUUCUCUAGAUUUUGUAUUUAAUACGAGUUUUCAUUCAGCGUUUCGGUUAUCGUCGAACAUGGACGACACUGUUCAGCCUUGCGAGAACUUCUACCAAUAUUCGUGCCGGAAAUUCCACUCUCAGAGCCAAGAUCAACAACGGAACUUCAUUUUUGAGCAAAAGGAAACGACCCUUAGGAGUUUGCAUAGUAAGUACAAGAUUCAUUGAAGACCUAGGAAUUUCAGGUUGGUUCCUAUAAGGGUUAUGGCUGAAAACAACUCUUAUAGGGGCCGAAAAAGUGGUCCCUAUAGGGAUAAAACUAAAGUGGCUUUUAUAGGGGUUUAGGAUUUGACCUCUUAGCUCCUGAAGCUCAAGUGGCCCCUAUAGCGGUCUCUCAAUAUCUUUCAAAAACGCUUAAUUAUUCAGUUUUUCCCAUGGAAAUGCUUCUUCGCUUACAGAUAGUGUUCACAAAAUUUAUCGACUCAGUGACCCCUAUCGGGGUUGGUGAAGUGGUCUCUAGAAGGGACCCUCCAAGGCUCGUUAAGAUUGCCCCUAUAGGAACCACUCGGGAGUUUCUAAUCACGUCAGAGAAAAAAAAAACUCUGACUUAUCUGGCGUCUCUUCAGGGGGCUACUGAUCUCUCCCUUCGCUUUUUUCGCUGGAAGCGCUUGAAAAAAAUAAUAAAAUUUUAGGCUUACUGUCAAGCGAAGAACUUCUAUCGAAUGCGACAAAAAGCGAACGGCUUUCUCGGAAUUUGUUCACUUCUUGUAUGAAUGCCGCUCAAAGGUUUUUUGUUUCUGCCAAAGUGGUAACUAAAGGGAUCUUUCUAGAGCUUCAAGCGCUCCGGACGACUUGCUCCAGCUGUUACGGAACUUUCCCUGCGGACCUCUUCUGAGCGAUUGUCAGAACUUUGAUGCCGACACUUACAGGCUUGUUUUGUCAUGA